AAACUCUUGGCUUCAAAACGACACCUUGUGGGCUCUCACACCAUUGCCGUUUACCUCUUCACCGUUCUACCAAGUCAAUAACAUCGUAAACUGGAAACGAAACUGAGAGUCUUUGACACAGAAACACAGAGAGAGAGAGAGAGAGAGAGAGAUGGGUUCGUUGAUCUAUAUCUAUACUAUAGUAUUGCUGUUUGCUGUAGUACCUUUGGGUAUCGCAAAAGAGCAACUGAGCUCAAGGGAAUGUGAGAAUCUGGGUUUCACGGGACUCGCUCUUUGCUCUGAUUGCAAUACUCUCGCUGAGUAUGUCAAGGAUCAAGAUCUGGUAUCAGACUGUUUAAAGUGUUGCACAGAGGAUUCUGAUGAUUCCAUGAGCAAGAUUGCCUAUUCUGGUGCUCACCUGGAGGUCUGCAUGAGGAAACUGGUUUUCUAUCCUGAAAUUGUGGGCUUUAUUGAAGAAGAGAAAGAUCAAUUUCCUUCUGUUAAAGUUCAAUAUGUUUUCAAUUCUCCACCAAAGCUGAUUAUGCUAGAUGACGCAGGCCAACAGAAGGAAACAAUAAGGAUCGACAAUUGGAAACGUGAACAUAUACUGCAGUUCCUACGAGAAAAAGUUAAGGCGGCUUCUGCAAUCUGAGAUGGUUAUUUUCCUGCUGUCACUUCCCCCAUUUGUGUCUUUAAUAUAUUAUGAACGCCCCAAUUUUCCUUCUGAAAAUUCAGUGAAAUUUUAAACUGUGACAAUGAAAAAUUUAUUUUCAUAUUUCAGUCUUUUGAGGGACUUGAGUUGUAAAAUAUGAAUAUUAGGAUUAAAAGAGAGAGAGAGAGGGAGAUUCUCAAAUGUCUAGGGCUACAAUAACGAGUUUCUUUUUUAUAUUAGGAUUUAUGGCAUGACUAUCAGAAUAUUCUUAUGCUAAUGUAAAA